AUGUCGAGUCAGUUGAGAUCACUUGAUUCUCCUUCUGUAGUUGGUAACACCGUUAGCCUGCAGUGGGUCCACUUCAAUGGUUCUGUUCCCAGUGGCACAGUAUCCAUCUUGAAUGAUUAUGCUUCACGCACCGACUUUGUCUGUAAAGCCCACUGUGAACCCGGAUUCUAUAACUCGUCCAUCAAGUCCUGUGAAGAUUACAAUGCCGUUGUUGGUAAAAACAGUUACGGCUUAGGUAUGGUGGUCCCAAAGCAUAGCGCCUUCUUUCUGCCAUGGGAGGGUAAGGAGUAUUAUUACAAGUAUUAUGAUGUCCUCUCCAUCAACACAGGCUCUUACAGUCAGAAAAUCUCUAAUGACAUCUAUGAUACUAAUCAGGCAAACCUCCUUGAACAACCUCCUGAAGUGCUGAAUAUGUCAUCAUUGGACAACUAUGAGUGCCAGAGCAUAAAAAGAACUGUCACUUUAAAGGCAACAACCAUGAGUGAAAGAUGCUGCAACAUCCAGCAUUCAGCCUUGUCUGAAGUCUUUAUUAACGUCACUGCUGGAAUCCCUGUGGAGACCCUGGUUCUAAAAGAACAGACCACCGUUGUGGGCAAAUAUCAGGGAGAGGAGAUCAGCGAGGUGAAAGUCGUGGUGGAGCUCUGCGAGCAAAUCCCCAAUGCUCAACCCUGUCCAUCUGCGUGA